AGGCCCCCGCGGGCGCGGCGCCGGGCCCCCCGCGCGGCCUGAGCCUGCGAGUGGCGGGCCCCGGCCGGCCGACGUCGCUGGUGGUGUCGUGGCUGGCCCCCGAGCACCUCGGGGAGUCGCCCGUGCACGCGUACGACGUCGAGGUGGCCGCCGGGGAGCUCGGGCCCUGCGACGCCCGCUGGGGCCAGGCGGGGGCCGCCUGGGCCGUGGACGUGACCUCGACGCCGGGCGGUCUGCAGGAGCUGUCGGUGGUGGUGGUGCUGGCCGCGCGCGCACGAGGGGCCAGCCUCUCCGGGCGCGUCCGCGCCAGGAACCGGCACGGCGUGGGGGCCUGGCUCCAGACGAGCUGCGGCGCCCCGGCGCCGGCGCAGGACUGCGGGGAGGCCCCGGCGCUGCAGCUCCGCGGCUGCCUGCUCGCCGUGAGCCAGCAGGGGCAGCUGAGCUGGGACGCGCCGCCCGGCCUGCGGGGCGCCCUCUUCCAGUUCUCGCUGUGGGAGUGCCCCGGUGCGGCGACCUCGAAUAUGCGCAUGAGGCGGGUCCUGACCGAGCAGAUGGACCUCGGGGCCCCGAAGCUGCUCCGGCUCACGAGCGCCACUCGGGAGCGCUUUCCCAUGGCCAAGGGCGCCUCCUACAUCGGCGAGGUGCUGGCGCUCGAGCCGGGCGUGGGCUGCCGCAGCCUCGCCGUGGCCAUGUGCUUGAGCCUGGCUUGCGAGCCGCGGCGCCCUGUGUCAGUGCCAGCAGCGGCGAGCAAGGAGCAGGUGCGCGCUGUAGCAGCCGCCGAGCAGGAGCAGUCGACGUUUGACCUGGUGCGGGCGGAACAGAUGGGGGCGGAGGUGACGUUUGCCAGUCCCCCAGCCGAACAGAUCGUGAAGAUGCCUCUGCUGAGCCUCACCGUGCAACCGCUUGUGGAGCGAGCUGGGGAGGCCGCGCCACUGGAGGCGCCAAUCGAGUGUUCCGCAGAGCCGAUGUCUGGUAAUUUCCAGACUGGUGAUCUCUUGCCGCGGGAGGCUGAUCCUUGCGCAGAGCAGGUGACUCCGCUGCAGCUGAACUGCGCUCCUGGUCAGCUGUUGGACCUCACAGAGCCGCCAGUGCAGCAAGGGCUACUCGACGCUGUCGUAUUGGACCUCACAGAGCCGCUGGUGCAGCACGGGCCACUCGACGCCAUCGCAACAGAGGCGGCCCCGCCAGGGGUUGCACCAAGCGAGGCGCGGGAGCUCCCAAGACUGGCGCCGCAGGGUCCGGCCCGCGCCGAGGCGGCCUCCGCGCUGCGCGUCUUUGGCGCCACGCGGGGGGCAGACGCUCAUGGGGCGCCCCUCGGGCUGCGGGUCGCGCGCGUGUGGCCGGAGGGCGCCGAGGUGCGCUGGCGCGGCCCAGCGGCCCUGUGGCUGCUGCGGCUGCAGGACGCGGCGAGCGGGCUGAGCCGCGUCGAGGCCACCGAGCUCGGGUGCCAGGGGCUGGGCGUGCGGUGCGAGGAGGCGCUGGAGUGGCGGCACGAGUUCCACGACCUGCGGCCGGGCAGGACAUAUGUUGUUGGCAUUCCUGGACACGAUGAUCACGUCACGCUCCGCACACCCUCCGGCGAUCCCGUUGCUUGCGUGCCGUGGGCCAGGGUCAAGGAGGUAGGAGCACGGGUCGUCGAGCUAGAGUGGGGAGCCGCUGCAGACGAUGCGGGCGAGUACCAGGUGUCGGUGCGCAGCAGCGGAGGCAUCGCUCCAGGCGACGUAGCGCGAGUGGAGCUUUUGCGCCAGCGCGAGGCGUGCACGAAGCAAAGCUAUUGCGUCCAGGAUCUUCGGCCAGACACGAAGUACGAUUUCGAGCUGUGGUUCAGCAAGGGUGGCGUGCGCUCCAGCGAAUGCAUUUCGCUCACGGCCGCCACUUGCUCGGAGUGCGCAGAGCCAGCCCCAGUCGACGACCACGGCACGAUGACAGACGCUCGAUGGGAGAUGCGAGCGUCUGACGCUUGCCUCGACAGCUCUGCGGCCGAGCUGAAUUCGGUGCGCCGCCGAGCCUACGAUCGAUUUCAGCUGUUGGUCUGCAUGUUGAUGGUUAUCUUGCACGUGUCCAAUGUGGCCCUUGAGUUACAGAGGGCAGAUGCGGAUUUCUCGGAAGAGAGAGUGCUAGUCGCAACCGUGGCGGUUGCCCUACCUUGGAUGUUGAACGCGGUGAUCUGUUGGGUGUUCUACCAGGUGUGCAGGGAGCUGUCCACCAUCGAGGAUGGGAUGGUCGGGUUUCGGCAGUGGUUGGUCGACAAUAGCAGGCUUGCGGGCUGCAUAUGGAUUCUCUCUGUGAUGCACUCGGGUUGCCUCAACCUCUUCAAGUUCUAUAUGCCUCAGCGCGUGUUCGACGCGACCGAGCGCGCCUCGGUGCAGAACUUCGACCACCUCCUGCUGCAGGCGCUGCGCUCGAAGGCCGAGGCGGAGGAGCUGUGCGGCGAGUACGCGAGGAUGCUGGCCGCGCUCCAAGGCCGCCCCGCCCCGAAGCCCGCCCCCGCCAGGCGCGCCGCGGCAGCCGACGUGCUGCUCGCAGAGCGCACCCCCGCCCGCGGCGCCGCGGCGGAGGGCCGCCUCUGCGAGGUCCACACCCCGCCCCGCCCCGCCCUGGCGUGGCCCGCCCCGUGGUCCCCCCCGGGCGGACCCCCACAGAGCCCCCCCCCGCCCGCGGACGCGCCCGAGGGCGCCUCGGCCUCGCCCGGCGCCCCCGACCACCUGUGGGGCUUUGCGGUGAUGACCCCAGGCACGGUCGCCCCGGAGCCCGCCCUGGCGGCGCCGGCGGCCCCCUGCGCCCUCAGGGAGGCCGCCCGCCGCCCGCGCGAGGGCGACCACGUCGCCGCGGCCGCGGGGCCGCCCCGCUUGGAGGCCUCUCCGACGCACGCCGCGCUCCCGCCUCCGCCGCGGCUGGCAGAGGCGGGGGAGGGCGCCAGCCCCGCGGCGCAGGAGCAGGUUUUUGCACGCCAGAUCAGCGACCAUUCGGCCGUGACGUUCGUGAUCGAGUUGCGCGCUCGUCGUGAUCCCCAUCGCUUUCCGAUUUCCAGCCACGUGCUGAAAUCCAAUACGUUCACGAAGCUGGCGGCCACCAUCGAGCCGUUUCUGGACUUCACCUCGCUGUCGCCGCCGUCGGCCUUCGAAGCAGGCAAGGACUUUUUAAAGGACAUGGCGCGUCUUGCGAGGGACCAGCUGGCAUUUCUGGAUCCACGUCAUCCUGCCACGCUUGUCCAGCUUGCCCGAGCCAUCACCCGCGUGGCAUGGCGGAAUGAUAUCUUAAUUGCGGAUCGCCUGCUUCGUGGACACCCGCUCGCUAAAUACUUCGCGGUGAUCCAUGGCCCCCGUGUCCAGCUGGUUUCUGCCGAAGCGUUUCUGGCUCGGCCGAAUCGAAUCCAAUGGUUCACGGCCGAGCGUCGCCAGCGUGAGGGCCCCGGUUCACCGGGCGCCCGCGAGAGGAGGCCGCGGCGCAGCGAUAUGUUCACCGGCUGGUUCCUGUUCACGAUCUACGUGCUCUUCGGCCGCUUACUGCUCAUGACGUUCGCCGCGAGCUGCGCCGCGCGCGGCCUGGAGCUCCCGGCCUCGGCGAGCUCCAUUGUUCUGCGAGGCAAGCCCGCGCUCGCGGUCUUCAUGCCCGAAGUCUCCGACCCCUCCGACGGCAAUCCUGAGGGCUGCCUUUGCCGCGCCAGUAAUUUUCGCGUCGCCUGGCUGCGGAUCACAGAUGUGAAGGUGAUGGCCCUUGUGAUCAAUCGUGGUCUGAUGCAGAUUACGACGCUCGUGGCGCCCUGGCCCCGGCGUGGUUUCGCGGCGCAUCGCCCCUUCAUGGCCGGCGCCCUGGAGCUGGACGGCGCCGCGCGCGUGCGCAGCUUCUCCGAGAGGGCCGCCGAAGGCUCGCCCAUCCUGUUCUCGCUGGACGUUGCCCAGGCGUUCCCGCCCCUGGCCCAGGGAUGCAUGUCCGAUGUUCUUCGGCGCGUGCUUCUUCGCCCGCCGCUCCUCACAUUCUUGGAGGUGUGCUGCGCUCCGAUGGUAGGCCACAUGGUGAUGGGGAGUUCGCUGGUGCCUGGUUACGCGGCGUCAUCGGGCAUGGCGCAGGGCCGCCCGAUGUCUGGCUCGCCAUUCGCCAUCUUCACCAUGCCGUUCGCGACCGAUCUGACUCGCGCCAUCGGUGAUCGGGCUCGCGGCACCGCGCGCUGGCGCGCCGACGACGAUGGCGGAGCUCUCGAGGCGCUGCUGCAUCUCAAGCGUGCCCACCGCGUGCUCCUCAUCACCGAGCGCGCGGCCGCCCCGAUGCCCAUGUCUGCCAAGUGCAACGCGACCCCGCUGGAGGCGACCUUCUCGGAGCAGCUGCAAUCCAAAAUUAUGGCUCGCAUGGGCGCUGAGGCGCCUCCUCGGCGGGCCUGCCAGGUCGCGCGCGCCCUCAAGCACUUAGGUCGCCUGUUGGUGGACAGCGCUCUUCGCGAUGGCGGCUGCCUGCGCCCAGGCGGUACGUCGCCGCAGCUGCGGCGCCGCUUGAAGUGGCGGCUAGCUGCGCAUGCAGCUUUGUUCUCUACGCCUCGCUGGGCAUCCAAGCAGGUGCCGAUCUGGCGGCCCCAGUGUGCUGAGCUGGUCGGGCAUAUCGACUGGGACUCCCUGAGCGGCGAGGCGAGCUGGAACAUCGAGCUGGUGGUCGAGGGCAUCAGGGUGCUUUGCUGGCCGCUGGCUCAAGGCGUGCGGCCGCCAGCGACGGGCGAGAGCCUGCCGCCGUGGCGCGCGGGCCCGAGUGGCCGCACGACCUUCGAAGGCGCCGACACGGAGGCGCUGCUGCACGCGCUGGGUGUCGUGCAGGCCUACGGCGGCAGCCCAACAGACGCCCCUGGCAGCUGCAGCAGCAGCAGCAUCGGGGCUGACAUGGCCGCGCAAUUCGAGUCGGCGGGGGUGCCACGCCCUGCCGAGAGUAACACGCACGGGCGCUCAGAGGGCCUUGCCGCGACCCGCAGCACCGCCGUGCAGACCGAUCGGAAGGAGUUCGGUCAGCUGCAGCGGCAGCUGGAGAAGCACUCUGGAGUCGUUCUUGACUUGGAGAGGAGCUUGGACAAGUAUGUGGAGCGCUGCCUCGUCCUGGAGGCGAUGCUCGAGGACAGCCACACCGCCAACGAGCCUCAGAUCGUGGAUCUGCGGCCGCCGAGGUAG